UUGUGACUUCUCUUGUUGCGUACGUUGAAUUUUGUUUAUAAUGACUGGACGUGGAAAAGGUGGAAAAGGAUUGGGAAAAGGAGGUGCAAAAAGACAUCGAAAAGUACUCCGAGAUAAUAUUCAAGGAAUUACCAAACCUGCUAUUCGACGAUUAGCGAGAAGAGGUGGUGUUAAGAGAAUUAGUGGUUUAAUUUACGAAGAAACACGUGGAGUCUUAAAGGUAUUUCUCGAAAAUGUUAUUCGAGAUGCAGUUACAUAUACUGAACAUGCUAAAAGGAAAACUGUAACAGCAAUGGAUGUAGUUUAUGCAUUAAAACGCCAAGGCAGAACAUUAUAUGGUUUCGGCGGAUAAGAUUUCAAGAUGACUGGUCGUGGAAAGGGAGGAAAAGGAUUGGGAAAAGGAGGAGCAAAGCGUCAUAGAAAGGUACUUCGUGAUAACAUCCAAGGUAUCACAAAACCAGCUAUUCGUCGAUUGGCUCGUCGUGGCGGUGUUAAACGUAUAUCUGGUUUAAUUUAUGAAGAAACUCGUGGUGUUUUGAAAGUUUUCUUAGAAAAUGUUAUCCGCGAUGCAGUUACUUACACCGAACACGCCAAACGAAAAACUGUAACGGCUAUGGAUGUCGUAUAUGCUCUGAAAAGACAAGGACGUACUCUUUAUGGUUUUGGAGGUUAAAAUGGAGGAUCAUUGUUUUCAUCAACGAUCAGCAAAAACGGCCCUUCUCAGGGCCACAA